AUGGCACCAAGCACCACCAAUAACACCUCCGAGACCUCCCGACCUCCAACCCCAGCACCAGCAACAGCGAUACCAACACAAAGCAGACGCACGCCACCCAAAUUGACAACUCCGGAGAUCAUAGCUCUGAACAAUGAAGUUAUCAAUGCGACGACGGGCAAAGCUUACUUGGAACGUAUUGCCCUCGCUAUCAGUGGGAAACCAUACACAAUAGAUGCUAUAUCCGAAAUACUCCUACACACAACUCAGCUAACCAGCAUAUCCCUCCCAGCACAAACAGCAAUUCAUGCAGUGGCUUUUGUUCUGAAGGAAGUCGUAACAGACGAAACCACUGAAAUCAUAGCAAGACAUGUCACAGCUGCGAUAUCUCCCCACAUAGCUAAGCUACAAGAUACUGAAGAAAAACUAAUGAAAUUAUCCACAGAUAUAAACGCAACAUUGGCCUCCCAAAGCCUGCAACUAGAGAAAAUCCAAAUGACAGUAGACACCCUCUCAAAGCAAGCAACUGAAUCCGCAAACUCCAAACCAUCAUAUGCAGCUGCAGUCAUGACAAGCCAAGGCCAACAACCGGAAACAGAGACUCAAGCCCAUCGACUGCAACUCAUUGCGCGUGAAGCAAUCAAGGAAAGGCAAAUCAUGAUAGGUUUCACAUCUAACAGCCCACUUGCAGCAGGCAACUCAUCCCACGCACAACUCAUUGAACGCGUCAAAACAGCCCUCAAGAACCUAGCCACAAACGACGAAUCACCGAAACUGGACAUCAACCCUGGAACCAAAGACGAACUAGUGCGCAACCUCGACCCAGAUGCGACAUUCAAAGAACGCUCCUACCCACUGAUUGUCCCAUUCACACCAGUCAGCUACAACCCAACUGAUGUUGAAAGCACACGGCAGCUGGAGAGCGAAAAUGGAUGGAACAAUGGAACGAUCCUAUCAACACACUGGGUUAAACUGGCAGAGAAACGGUCAAGUUCUCAAAAAGUCGCGCACCUAAUGAUCACUUUCACAGAACCUCAAACUGCAAACCUAGCAAUACACGAUGGCAUCACAAUAGAUCACCUUCUCCUUUGGCCAAAGAAGAACAGACACAAGCCACUUCGCUGCGCGAAAUGCCAACACUUUGGUCAUAUAGCUAGGGAAUGCAUAGCCCACGGAGACACCUGCGCAAAUUGUGGAAACAACCAUUGA